GACUUCAAACCUUUAUCAAUUCAAAUUUUUAUGAAAUUUAUUGGAGUUUUCCCGUGAUUUAACCAGGGUUAUUUUAUCAAAAUUAUUAAAGAACAGCUAAACAUCGAAGGGUUAACCUUCAUAACUAGAAGUUUGAACUUCCGACUUAUAAAUUAGAAAAUAAUCAGCUUCUUCUUCUUCAAACACAGUGAAUACUAGUUGCGACUUGUACAAAUGAAGCACAUUUUUAUACUAUUAUACAUAAUGAAUCAAAGACUUGUACUUUCUGUAAUCUAGCACAUCCUUAAAUCGAUUUGUGUUAAUUCUAAAUUUAUGUUUAAGCAAUGAAUGCAAGAAAGCUAGUUUCUCAAACUCAUUGUACUCAAAUUCCUCAAACUAUCAAGAACUCUCUUCUUUGUGCUGCAAUCGACCCACGCCAUUCAAACCCACCAUUUUUACCCAAGCCUCCUUCUAUAUUAGCCACGAGUCUACUCAAAUCUUAUUUUGAAAGGGGUCUGAUUAGAGAAGCACGUACACUGUUCGAUGAAAUGCCUGAAAGAGAUAUUGUUGCUUGGACGACCAUGAUUUCUGGAUACACUUCAUGUAAUCUUCAUGGACGUGCUUGGGUGGUUUUCUGUGACAUGAUGAGGUAUACGGACGUGCGCCCCAACGAGUUCACGUUAUCUUGUACGUUGAAGGCUUGUAAAGGGAUCAAUUCAUACUCUCAUGGAGCUUUGCUUCAUGGUUUGGUUAUGAAGCAAGGCAUGGGUGGAAGUAUUUAUGUUUCUAAUGCACUCUUGGAUGUCUAUGCUACGUGUUGUGUUAAUAUGGAUGAAGCAUCCGCGGUUUUUCAGGAGAUCAGAGAGAAAAAUGAUGUGUCUUGGACUACAUUAAUCGCGGGAUAUACUCAUCGUGGUGAUGGUUAUAUGGGGCUUAGUGUUUUUAGAAGAAUGUUAUCGGAAGGGGGUGAAUCAAACCCAUUUAGCUUUUCAAUAGCAGUCAGAGCUUGUGCCUCGGUUCAUUCAUGUACAUAUGGGAAGCAACUUCAUGCUGCAAUCGCCAAGCAUGGAUUGGACUUUAGUCUACCUGUAAUGAAUUCUAUUCUAGAUAUGUAUUGUAGGUGUAACAGCUUAAAUGAUGCAAAGCAAUGCUUCCAUGAAAUGACUCAAAGGGAUUUAAUCACAUGGAACACUUUGAUUGCUGGAUAUGAGAAGUCUGAUCCAUAUGUAUCUAUCAGCACAUACUCUCAUAUGGAGCUUGAAGGUCUCAGCCCCAAUUGCUUCACAUUUUCCAGCAUUGUAGCAGCUGUGGCCAAUUUGGCAAUUUUGAGUUGUGGAGAGCAGAUUCAUGGAAGAAUCUUAAAGAGAGGCCUCGGAGGGAACUUGGAAUUGGACAAUGCCUUAAUAGACAUGUAUGCAAAGUCUGGAAAUAUUGGAAGUGCACGUAGAAUUUUUGAUAAAAUGCCCAUGAAAAAUCUGGUUUCGUGGACCUCAAUGAUGAUUGGUUAUGGAAGCCAUGGAUAUGGAAAUGAAGCUGUUGACUUUUUUGAAGAGAUGGUUAAAUUUAGAGUCAGGCCAGAUAGGAUAGCAUUUGAGGCAGUUUUAAAUGCAUGUAGUCAUGCUGGGCUUGUAGAUAAAGGUGUAAGGUAUUUUAUGUCAAUGGUUGAUGAUUACAACAUAGCUCCUGAUCCGGAGAUUUUUGGGUGUUUAGUAGAUUUGCUAGGACGAGCUGGAAGAGUUGAGGAGGCUUUUAAGUUGAUAGAGAGUAUGCCAUUUGAUCCCGAUGAAUCUGUUUGGGGAACACUCCUAAGAGCAUGUAAAGCACACAAUCAUCCAGAUUUGGGCAUGCUGGCCAUAAGAAAGGUGUUGGCAUUGAAGCCAAAAAUUGCAGCAACUUAUGUAAUUCUGUCAAAUAUCUAUGCAGCUGACGGUAAAUGGGGUGACUCUGCAAAAAUGAGGAAGUUGAUGAGAAGGAUGGCUACCAAGAAAGAGGCAGGGAGAAGUUCAGUAGAGAUAAAGAAUCAGAACUAUAGUUUUGUUGCUGGAGAUAAAAUGGGUCCACAUAUGGAUUGUGUAGAUGAAGUUGUAAAAAUCCUGGUCGAACAUAUGAGACACGCACGAUAUAUUCCUGAUUUGGACUUCUUUGUACAUGAUUUAGAAGAUGGAAUUUGAAAAGUAACAGCAAUGAGGUACAAAGUGCUUGCUGUUAUAUAUGUUGGCAUGGUGAUUUAUUUUCUUCAGAAGUCAUGUUGCAUUCUAUACAAGAGGGGGUCUUUUGAAGAAAGUUGAGGGAGGACAAUCAAUCAGUUUUAGUCAAUAGUUGAUACUGUGGAACUAGUGGGUUAUGUAACAAAGUAAAAUCAUUCUUUGCCAGACAUAGUACAUUUGAAUUUCAUGGAAAGCUAUCUCUUGAUUAUUCUGAACUUUCGGUCUAGGGAAGUUUCUGAAUACUAAAAUGCUCCUGGAAGAUCCAGUGAGGGGACAUUGUUAUUAUGGGAAGAUUGAACAACUCUGUGAUCUUCUUGAAAUUCGCUUGUGUUCGUUAGUCAUCUCCAUGUCUGGAAACAAAAACAGCUUGGUGCCAAACAUGGACCAACAGAUAUGAAUCAUGAACUUCAGUGUGUCUUUUGAUUUAUAAAAUAUUUUGGAAGAUCCAACAUGACUACAUUGUUAUUAUUUGAGGAAUAAUAUGAUCAUUUAGAGA